AUGCCGAGCACGGCUCCCGUCCCGCCUACGGCGUACGCUACUCCUACCAUACCCAAAAAUACUGGCGAAUACAUGGACGGCAUCGUGCCGCCGCCGCCACCCCGGCAGGCGCAGUCUAACAACCUAUUUGCACAUGCUUCCCAGCCCAACAUUGCGCGCAACGCGCCCCUGAUCAUCUCGCGCAGUCUCAUUGAGCAGAAUCCAGCGCAGGCGGCAAGCGUACUCAUCACGCUCCUGUCCUCCUCCGUAUCGGGCGAGCUGCAGCUGCACCCGACGACCCCUGAGGAGCGUCGUGCGGUGGUGCAGCUGAUGCGUGAAGUCGGCACACCCGCGUACCUGAAGUCCUUCUCAGGUGAUAUCCGCGGGCGCGAGAUCCUCGCGACGUGGCUCAGCGAUGCGACGCCGCCACGCAAGGCCGAUGUCGCCGACGAAAGCGAAAAGUGGAAAGACGUCGUGUGCCCGCUGCUCGAGCUGCUCUUGCAGCUUCCUAUUGAACUCGACCACCUCAAGGACCAUGUGGGUCUCGGAAAACUAAUUACGGGCGUCCAGAAGCGGGCGCGAAACGAAAAGGCGCGGACACUGGCCGACGCGGUAAAGGAGAAAUGGAGCAAGCUCGUCCCUGUACGCAGUUCCUCAGAGGCGCGCGAGUCACCGCCUGUAGCCCCAAAACGCCCGGCCGCAAGCACUCCGACAGAGAGCGUGAAGCGUGCACGCAGCACCACCCCCCCUGCACGUUCUUCCGCGCCAGCUGCGCCGCAGACAGCCGCAUCAAAGCCACCUUCCGGCACGGCUCGUCCUGCCAGCUCCUUGCUCCAGUCUACGUCCGUGUCGCGCACCCGUGCCACGCCGACGGAGCGCAAAGCCUCGCCCCAGCUGUCAGAGCCGCGUAUUCCCACACGCACUGCAGCCAAGCCGGCUGCUGCUGCCGAUCCGCUGGCCACCGCCCGGCGAGCACAGCGCAGUGCACCGGCGUCCAACAAUGCCAACAAGGACUUGGCUGGAUUCAUGUCGCUCAUUGAACAGCAACCGACCUCGUCCGCGCCGACUGCCUCAGAGGCACCCAGCGCGACGCCGAUGGAACGCAAGAAACGGAAAAAAGCCGUGCACUGGAAAGACUACGAUGGCAUGCCGCUCGUUGCUGUGAAGCUCAUUGAGCCUGCGGUCUACGAAGACGAUGGCGACCUAUCCUCGGUGAGCGGCAUCGGUGCCCUGGAUAUGGAGGAGGGCGGUGCUUUCCGCCAAGCCCAUGCCGAGAUGGACGAGCAGAUCGAUUGGUAUACGCCGUGUGAAUUGUCGAUUCCCGACCCCGAGUCUGGCCCUCUUCCCCCUCGCGGCAGCGACAGCCAGGCCAAAGUUGCGCAGGAAGAGCGCGAAAAGGCUGUGCUACUGGCUGUCUAUAUGAAUCCGGACGAGAUUCCUGCCUCGCCCGAAGAGCCGGACGAAUUUGUGCUGGCAUUCGCGAACAGCAUGCCCGAGCCCCUUCCGAUGACCACAGGCCUGCCUGGCGAACCGGCACCAGUGAGCGCAUCGGCCGCACCCGAUGUUCCUCCCAUGCCCGACUUUUCGGCGAUGGCCGCCAUGCUUGGCCAGACAAACGCUGCGAAUGGCGAGGGGCCACCGGUGCCACCGAUGCCGCCGAUGCCGAUGAUGCCUUUCGAUCCCAUGAUGCUCCAGUCACUUGUACAAAGUACGCAAGGGAAUGGAUCCAACAGUCCUAAUCCUGGUGCGCCACCGAUGCCAAUGCCUCCCUGGCCGGGUGGCAUGCCGGGCUUCCCCUUCCCCUUCCCUCCCCCCCCGGAAAUGAUGGCCCAAAUGGGCAUGCCUGUGCCUGACAACGAGCCUAGGGAUGCGGACGACGGCGCAAAGUCGCGCAAAGUGUGCCGAUACUACAAAGCAGGUGAACGCUUCCGCCACAACUAA